AUGGGUCUCUACCGCGUCCGCGUGUCCACCGGGUCCUCGUGCUGCGCGGGCUCCAAUAACCAGGUGCACCUGUGGCUGGUCGGCGAGCAAGGGGAGGCGGCGCUCGGGUGGCGCCUGCGGCCGGCGAGGGGCAAGGAGGUGGAAUUCCAGGUGGACGUGUCCGAGGACCUGGGGCGGCUGCUGUUUGUGAAAUUGCGCAAAUGGCACUUCCUCUCGGAUGACGCGUGGUUCUGCAACUGGAUCUCCGUGCAGGGCCCCGGGGCCAGUGGGAACGAGUUCAGGUUCCCGUGCUAUCGCUGGGUGGAGGGCGACGGCGUCCUGAGCCUGCCCGAGGGCACCGCCCGGACCGUGAGGGAUGAUCCCCAGAACCAGUUUAAGAAACAUCGGGAGCAAGAGCUUGAGGAAAGAAGGAAGGUGUACCGAUGGGGUUUCUGGAAAGAGGGAUUAAUCCUGCCUAUAGUAGGGAAUACGCAAUGGGAUCUUCCCAGAAACGAGAGAUUUCGUGAAGAUAAGGAUUUAGACUUCAGUCUCUCUCUAGCAAAAGUGUUGAAGGACUUGGCCUUAAAGGGGACAUUAGAUCUCACAAAUUCUGUAAGAAGACUGGAAGACUUCAAUAAAGUAUUCCCGCGAGGAAAAACUCCUCUGGCUGAGCAGGUUCGCAAUUCCUGGAAGGAUGAUGCCCUAUUUGGGUACCAGUUCCUCAAUGGGGCAAACCCCAUGCUCCUGAGACGCUCCAGGAGUCUCCCGUCACGGUUGGUGCUGCCUCCGGAAAUGGAAGACUUGAAGACACAGCUGGAGAAAGAACUCCAGACUGGAUCUCUGUUUGAAGCUGACUUCUCCCUGCUGGAUGGGAUCAAGCCUAAUGUCAUCAUUUUUAAGCAACAGUAUGUAGCAGCCCCUCUAGUCAUGCUGAAGCUCCAGCCUGAUGGAAGACUCUUACCUAUGGUCAUCCAGCUCCAGCCACCUCGGAAUGGAUGCCCCCCACCUGUGUUGUUCCUGCCUUCGGAUCCACCCAUGGCCUGGCUCCUUGCCAAGAUCUGGGUCCGGAGCUCUGAUUUCCAGCUGCACCAGCUACAGUCACACCUGCUGAGGGGCCACCUGAUAGCUGAGGUUAUUUCUGUGGCCACCAUGAGGAGCCUGCCCAGCCUGCAUCCUAUCUACAAGCUCCUGAUUCCACACUUUCGCUACACCAUGGAGAUCAACGUGCUGGCCCGGAGUAAUCUUGUCUCUGAAUGGGGAAUUUUUGAUCUGGUGGUGAGCACUGGGAGUGGCGGCCAUGUAGACAUUCUCCAGAGAGCCACAGCUGGUCUGACCUAUCGCUCCUUCUGCCCUCCUGAUGACCUGGCAGACCGUGGGCUCCUGGAUGUGAAGUCUUCUCUCUAUGGCCAAGAUGCGCUCAGGCUCUGGGGAGUCAUCAGCCGGUAUGUAGAGAAGAUGGUCAGUCUUUUCUACAAGAGUGAUGGAGCUGUGAAGGAUGAUCCAGAACUGCAGGCCUGGUGUAGAGAGAUCACUGAGACUGGACUGCAGGGGGCCCAGGACCGGGGGUUCCCCAUCUCCUUAGAGUCCCGAGCUCAGCUCUGCCACUUCAUCACCAUGUGCAUCUUCACAUGCACUGGUCAGCAUGCUUCCACCCACCAGGGCCAGCUGGACUGGUACUCCUGGAUCCCGAAUGGUCCAUGCACCAUGCAGAAGCCCCCGCCCAUUUCCAAGGAUGUGACAGAGAAGGAUAUAGUAGACUCGCUGCCCAGUCUGCACCAGGCCCGAACACAGAAGACCUUCAUAAAAUUCCUUGGCCGACGCCAGCCUGUCAUGGUGGCCUUGGGGCAGCACAAAGAAAGCUAUUUCUCUGACCCUGGGCCUCAAGCUGUGCUGAAGCAAUUCCAGGAGGAGCUGGCUGCCCUGGACAAGGAGAUUGAGGUCCGGAAUGCAGGCAUGGACCUGCCCUACGAGUAUCUUCGACCCAGCAUGGUAGAGAACAGUGUGACCAUCUGA